AUGACGGUAGACGGGCAGCUCGUUUUGCCGAAUCUAGUCCCCAUUCCGCUCCCCGUGCUCCACCUCGCGGCCCCACUGCCGGGCCCCCGCCGCCGUAUUAUGACAAUUAUGACCCGAACCUCGACUACUGCAACGAACCCAAUACCGCUUGGGCUGGACCCCCUGGCUUGGCCCGGGGCCCACCGCUUGAGCGAAAUGGCGAAUGGAAAUGAAGAGCUGUUUGGGGCACGUGGAGAGGAGUACCCGCUGGACAUCCCGAGCUAUGUCGAUCCCAGGAUGCCUACGGGUUCGGAGCCAGGGUACUUGGCAUCCUGCCUGGACUCCUUCUACUACCCAGGCAUGCCGCCCGUGCUUCCCGAUCUCUCGGACGAGUGGAGCCACCCAAUGCAAAAUCAUCUUCAUGGUGGCUGGGAGCAGCAGGAGAUCUCGCCGCCAUACACCCGGAACUACACGGUGGGAGCACAGGAGACCCACUCCGAGUACGGCAAAGAAGGCAGCAACUGCAGCACCACGGAUACGGACCAGGUGAAGGUGGAUGUUCCCACCAAGGGGUCGGCAAAGCACCACCUCGGUCUCUGCAAACCCUGCGCAUUUGUCUUCAAGGAUGGCUGCAACACGGGCUGGGAGUGCGAAUUCUGCCACCUCUGCGAGCCGGGUGAGAAGAAGCGCCGCAAGAAGGAGCGGAAGCAGAUUCGCCGUCAGAAGGUCAACUGA